AUGGGGCGGAGGAGGAAGACGCUGCACGACUACGCGGCCGAGUUCUCGGAGCUGUCGGUGCGGCGGGAGCCGGCGGGGCCGAGCCCGGCGGGCUCCGUGGAGACGCUGUUCUGCACCCCGUGCCAGCUGCCGCUGAGGGUGCGCCGCGACCGCAUCCUGGAGCACCUCAGCUCGGGCCGCCACUGCCGCAACCGCCGCCUGCUCCGGCAGCUCGGGCUGCGCGCCCCGGGGCUGCGCUCUGCAGAUCCUGACUCCAGCCUGAGCCUGCCCCUCCCGCUGGACGUGCCCUCCCUGCUCUCCCAUCCCUCCUUCCUCAUCACCACUGGAUCCAGCACCGGCUACAGCAUGGUCCCCUCUCCUCCUUCCUACCACAAGCUGCUGGUUCCCCAGCACCCCAUCUCUGCCACACACAGGGGUGACCCCACACCCUCCACCUCUGCCAGCCACCCCUCACCGCUGGCCACCUUUCACACCAGGAUUGCACCUCUUGGCCAAAGUGGGCCUGCACCUGCUGCCUCCAGCAGCUCAACACCCCCCUCAUGUCACAGUGGUGUUGGCCUCGUGCUCUUCGGCGCAGGGCUUGUGAGCAAAGCCUUGUUGCAAAGCCUGCUGGAGGAAACGGGCUGCUGCCUGCUGUACGUGGUGGAGAAUCGACUGGAGGAGCUGCAACGUGCCUUUGGCACCGAGAUCCCGGCUGGCACCAAGGUGCUGCAGCAGCAGGAUGCUGUGAUUGCACUCAGUGAUCCACGAGUCUGUGGAGCCAUUAUUUGUUCCCCACCUGAUGAGGCCCCUGAGAUGGUGAGAGAUGCCUUACGAGCAGGUAAAGGUGUGUUCUGCGAGGGGCUGCCCAGCUUGGACAGACAGACAGCACAAUCCUGUUUCGAUGAGGCCGACAGGUGUGGGAGGCCACUCGUGUGUGGGUUCUACAAGCGCUUUGACCCAGCCCUGCAGUUCUUGUUGAAGAAGGUGCGGGACAGCCGGGCCCUGGGCAGGAUCCAUCGGAUAUCCACCAUCAGCAGCCUCUAUCCAGCAGCCUCUCUGAGCCUGCUCAAAGCCUCAGGUGGAAUUUUUUACAAUGCUGCCGUGCAUGACAUAGAUACCAUCAGUUUGUUGUUGGGAGAGACUGUGCCAGAUACAAUAUUUUCCCUGGGUCAUGCCUUCUGUGCAGACAUGGGCUGCCUGGGGGACGUGGACACGGUCACCAUCAGCAUGAAGUUCCCCAGCGGGGCCAUUGUCACUCUGGAUGUCAGCCAGCACUGCACCAGGAGCUGUGACCAGCGGCUGGAGGUUCAUGGGUCUCAAGGGACUUUAAGGGUGGACAACCAGAACCCCUUGGGCAUCACAGAGCAUGGGACUUCUGUGUCCAUCUGUCCCCAGAGCCAAGCUGAGCGCUACAGAGACGCGUACAGGGAGCUCCUCCGGCACUUCCUGAGAACCCUGAAAGGCCUGGAGCCCCCCAUGGUCACCAAGGAGCAGUUCCUCUGGGUGAUCCAGGUCGCUGCAGCAGCUGAGCAGUCCUGGAGGAACAGAUCUGCCGUGGACUUGCACAGCACAGAUCCAGCUGGAGCCAAGGCUGAGCUCGUGUGACAACCACUCAGCUGGGACACAGGGAGGACUUCCCACCCAGUGGCCUCAACAGAAGCCUGGAUGGCACUUUUGGUGUUCCCACUGGGAAUGCCAAGCAGACAGAGGCACUUCUGAACCAGGAGCACUCGGUGCUGGAGCGGUGCAGGGUUCCUGCUACAUCAGCCAGAGCCUGCAGGAAAUUCUGUGUGGUUUCAUCCAGGUGGCUUUUCCUCCUGGAGGGUGCUGCUGGCCACAGAGCUGUUUUCCUGGGAGAAGAGUGGUGCUCCUCAGGCCAGGCAGGGUGGUGUAGGACCAGCAAUAGCUGGGAGGAGGGAGAAGUCUCCCCUUGGAGGAGAAGUCUCCCCUUGGAGGAGAAGUCACAAGCAGGUGCCUUCCCAGCAGUGCCAAAGUGAGGUGAUGUAAUGCUCAAAAACCAGGAGCAUCUGGGCUGUGAGUGUGUUUAGAUUGGAUAUAUGGAAGAAAUUCUUCCAUUUGAGGGUGAUGAGGGGCUGGAAUGGAUAUCCUGGAGAAACUGUGGCUGCCCCAUCCCUGGAAGUGUUCAAGGCCAGGUUGGACAGAGCUUGGGAUAUUGCAAAGUGUCCUGACCUAUGGCAGGGGAUGGGAUGAGCUUCAAGGUUCUUUACAAGCAAACCAGUGUGGGGUUCUGUGAUCCUGUUUGGGACACAGACCCCAGCAGAAGGCACAGCCAGUCAGUGUCUCUGCCUUUGUCAUGUGUGGUUCUGACUGUUCCUGUCUGGCUCUCACAUGCCAAUUUUCAAGAUCAUUUGAAACCUUUUCUUUUUGUAUUUUUAUUGAAUUGCAACAACAUUCUUGACUUCUUCCAUUUCAAGGCAUUAAUUUAUGAACUUUUUGCAAGAACCUUUAGUUCAAUCGAUUUCCAGUUUCUACCUAUGGAAUAUAUACUCCUAAAACUAGAAAUAGUGGUGACAUUUGUGUUCUCUCUGGGAAAUUUUCAAGCUCAGAAAAACUGUGUCUUAAUGCUUGUCCUCCAUUUCAUUCACUAUUUUUUAGCUAUUUAUUGAGGAAAAAAAAAAAAGUUUUAUGUAUCCAGAAGCUGGUUUUUGCCUCUCUGUACUUGCUGUAGCAGUUUAGUACUCAAUGAUGGGUUUCUUUUUUGUUUCAAUAGCUUCAGGCCCUUUGAAAUCCUGCAGGUGAAGGUGAACGUUUACUGUGGUUUAGGAGGACACUUUCUGUCCAAUUGUAAUUUCCAGAUGCAGCAAUUCCCACAUGUGCUUUUAUUGUGUUAAAAAAAAAAAAAAAAAAAAAAAACCAAAAAAACCAUACAAACAACCCAAAACAAAACAAAAGAGAAACCACAGCUAUAAAAAUAACACAUUUUCCAAGGAUAACAUUACAAAAAAUACAAUUCCUACCACAGAGUGAUCCAUUAAUACUGCCAGGAGCAGCCCCAGGAGCACUGGAAAUGGGAGUGGUUGUUGCAAAAGCCUUAAAGCAUUAAAGUGCUUUACUGAGCUGUUUCCUGGGGACACAGAUUCACUGUCUGCCACCCAGGGGAGUUCCCUGUGAGGGCUGGGAUGGCCUCAGGGAUGGUGACUGCAGCUCAGCAGAGGGAGAGGAGGGACAGGAAUCUGCCUGUGUGUGCUGAAGGAGCUGCUUGGGACACCCAGACAGGACCUUGGAGGAGGGUCCCUGGCCCAGGGCUGUGGGUGCAGCACAUCCAGUGAUCACACUCCUGUCCCCCUUGGAGAGGGAACAGCCACUGCCUGCAGGAGAAAUCACACCUCAGCUUCAGCUUCAGCUCUUCUGCUCGAGGGUCCAGGGCUUUGGGAAGGGUAUCCAGCCCCUUGCCCAGCCUGAGGGUGAGGGGAAGCAGGUGCAGGGCUGCCUUUGGAGGCCUCCAGAGGGAGAAUGCAGCAGUGGGAAUGUGCUGGGUGACAUCAUCUCUGUGCAGGUUCCCUCAGGCUGCCCAAAAUCUCAGGGCUGAGGGGGCAGAUGCAGCAGCUCCCUGCCCUCCCUCCCACAGUGACGGCUCCUGUGAUUUCCAGUGCCUUUCCAAGACCUGUUGUGGGACAGUGCCUUCCCAAAUGUGUAGGGAAUAAACAUUCAAGGAGGGAACACGCCUAUUUGUGUCCUUGCUUUCUGUCCAGGCUUUUUUCCCUGUCUGAAUCAACAGAGAAAUUACAGAUGGGAAAAAUGAUAAGGAACAGAAGAGAAUUGGGAAGUCAGUCCAUGCCAUGCUCCAAAAAGAUGGAAUUUACACCAUGGCAUUCCAGCUUGGCAGGUCUGACCUGUCAACAAAGCUCCCUAAGGGAGCAGGGAGGGGUUAUCCAAACCUCUGACUUCCCAGGACAAUCACUGGCUUUCCCCCUCCUCCACAACUGCAUGCAAGAGAGUCAGAGGAAGAAAAAACCAGAAUUUUGAAUAGAUAAGGCUGGAGACAGGAUUCUCUGCAUGUUUACAUGCUACAACAUGAAAUUAAUUUACUUGACACUGCAGUGUCUCAGGAGUCAGUAUCAAUUUUUAUAGCUUACAUGAAAAUAAAUCUUUCCUUACAGCACAA